AGUCCCACAAAACGAGAGCAAAAUCACUCAAAGCCACUCAAACACUCCUCUCGUCACGGCCGAACCUCAGCCAUAGAAACUCCUCGGACAACCUUCAACAGUUCAACUGGCGUUAUCCGGCAUAAUCCCUAUAUAAUCUAAUCUCCUUCCCACCCAUUCAAUCCCAUCCCCAACUCCAACAAUUGUCUCCUGUGUCUACGAUUCUCUCUUCCGGCUUUCUAAUUCACUCCUUGGUAACACAGAGAAUUGUCGUGUUGGGGUAAAACCCGGGAUCAUCAAGUUGUAGACACCACGGCUAUACACGGAGCACAGCGGCCACUUGCACAUGCCCAAUCAGUACGAGGGAAGGGAGCUAUAACUAUUGAGAGUAACCCUUCUACGCACGGCGGACGUGGGGCUUUGCCUUCUGAAGGCGGCAGUCCCUCUGACCUCCUCUUCCUCGCCGGCGGUGGUUUUUACUCCUUCUUCGUUCCCAUCGUAGCCUAGGUGCAUUUUAUUUAGUUUUGGGGUUUUUCGUAUAUACAUAUAUACACAAUUCGUAUCAAGAUCUGUUUGCUUGCCUUGCGUCCCAAUUAAUCGAAGAAGAUGUUGAGGAUCAAGAGGGUUCCCACUGUUCUUUCCAAUUACCAAAAGGAAGAGUCAGAGGACGCCGGUGCGACCGGUGGUUGUGGUCGUAAUUGCAUGAGAGACUGUUGCCUACCAGGGGCAAAGCUACCUUUGUAUGCUUUCAGAAAAUCCGAUAAGGUUGAAUCCAGUGACAAAAAGGAGCCUCCUUUUGCUUUCUUGGAUUCCCUCCUCCUUGGAGAGUGGGAGGAUCGUGUCGAGAGGGGCCUGUUUCGCUAUGAUGUUACUGCCUGUGAAACAAAGGUGAUUCCAGGAGAUUACGGAUUUGUUGCUCAACUAAACGAGGGUCGCCACCUAAAGAAAAGACCAACUGAGUUUCGAGUGGAUAAAGUUCUUCAGCCGUUUGAUAGGAGCAAGUUCAACUUCACUAAAGUUGGGCAAGAGGAAAUCCUCUUCCAGUUUGAAUCAAGUGAAGACGAUGAAGUCAAAUUCUACCCAAAUGCUCCUGUUAACAUCAAUAACUCCCCCAGUGUAGUUGCCAUAAAUGUGAGUCCAAUCGAAUACGGACACGUGCUUCUAAUUCCUCGAAUUCUUGAGUGUUUACCCCAAAGGAUCGACCAUGAAAGCUUCCUGCUUGCACUUUACAUGGCAUCAGAAGCUGGGAAUCCAUACUUCCGUGUAGGUUACAAUAGUCUUGGUGCCUUUGCCACUAUCAAUCACCUUCACUUUCAGGCUUACUAUUUAGCUGUAACCUUUCCAAUUGAAAAAGCUCCAACCAGAAAGAUCACCGACUUCAAUGGCGGAGUUGUAAUUUCGGAGAUUCUCAAGUACCCAGUUAGAGGUCUUGUAUUCGAAGGUGGAUAUUCACUUGAAGAUUUAUCAAACGUUGUUUCUGAUUCAUGCAUGUGCCUUCAAGACAACAAUAUACCUUACAAUGUCCUCAUAUCAGAUUCCGGAAGACGCAUCUUCCUCCUCCCUCAGUGUUAUGCGGAGAAACAAGCUUUGGGAGAAGUGAGCAGUGAGCUUUUAGACACACAAGUGAAUCCAGCAGUUUGGGAGAUAAGUGGACACAUGGUGUUGAAAAGGAAGGAGGACUAUGAUGGUGCAUCUGAGGAAAAUGCUUGGAGGCUUUUAGCAGAGGUUUCUCUCUCUGAAGAAAGGUUUCAGGAAGUGAUAGCAAUCAUCUUUGAAGCCAUCUCGUGUGCUGUUGUUGUUACAGAGGCUGGAAGUUUGGGUGAUGAAGAUGAGCUUCGGGAUGUUGAAGAUGUUGAUCAAGUUAGGGAUGUGGAUGGGUCCGGGUCCCACAAGGCGGGAAUCGUAGCUGGGAAGCAAGAGUGCAUGGUUCAGCACUAGGCAUAUGUUUGGUGUUUUUUAUGUAAUUUGGAGUGUUUGAAAGUUUAGGUUCACAUUGAAUAAAGGCCCUGCAUGGGUUUGAUUUGAUUUGUUGUUCAUGUGUUGGCUAGAGCUAUUGUUGUAUAAUAAUUUUGAGUUGUGGAAAAUCUCUUUUACGGA